AUGAGGCUUCUAACCCUCUCCAGCUUGCUCUGCCUGCUUCUCCUCUGCUUUUGCAUCCUCUCCUCAGAAGGGAGGAGGCGUCCUGCCAGGCCCUGGAGACUCAGGCCCUGCUGCCACGUGGCUCCUAGGCUCAAACCAACAACCCAGAAAGGAAUCCGCCCAAGACCUUGCAGACUGUGCAGGAUCAAGUCAUCGUCUUGGAUAGUGCCUGGGGCGCUCCCACAGGUGUAGUGCUCCGCUCCACCCAGCUGAGAUCCAUGCCCAGCUGUAGAGAUACCAGAAGCCUUGUCUGCCCCCUGCCAACCUUCACCAUGGCAGUGAACUGUGAUAUUGAAGAACUUCACUUCAGACAGCCUGGGAGCCUGGGGGGCAUUCCAGAACUCCAAAUCCUGGAUCCAACUGUGUGUCCAACCUUCAGAGAUACCAUGAUUCAGGCUCAACUCACCUAGUCUUCGUGGCCUCUCCAGACCAGAAGUUGAGAAUUCUAUCACAACCUGUGGCAGCUACAACUCCAGACACUUCCA